AUGGCAGGCCUCGGCCCGGGGCUGCUGGACUCUGGCUCGGCUCAGCACACUCAGAGAUCCCGGGCCGACUGGUGGGAAGGAGAGGACCCUGGUGAGGAUUGCAGGGACUCCAUACCGCGGAACGGGGGCCACGGAGAGUCCCCGCUCCUGGCCUUGGCCUCGGAGGGCCCGCCACGUGACCGGGGCGCCGGGGGCCCGGCCGCGCCCCAGGCCGCCGCCCCGGCCCUGGCGGAGCACAAAAACGCCCUCACCCACAAGGCCAGCGUGCUGGUGCAGUUCCUGCUGGAGAAGCACGCCGCCGGGGAGCUGGCGCACGCCGCGCUGCUCAAGCUCGUCAGCAGGAAGUACCGCGAGCACUUCCCCGAGAUCCUCACGCUCACCUCCGAGCGCAUGGAGCUGGUGUUCGGGCUCGAGCUCAGGGAGGCCGACGCCCGCAGCCAGACCUACAUCCUGGUCAGCAAGCUGGCCCUCCUGAGCGAAGGCAGCCUGGGCGGCGGCGGCAAGGGGCCGCCCAAGACCGGCCUCCUGAUGGCGCUCCUGGGCGUGAUCUUCAUGAAGGGCAACCACGCCACGGAGGAGGAGGUCUGGGAGUUCCUCACCGUGCUGGGCGUCCAGGCGGGCAGGAGGCACCCGAUCUUCGGCGAGCCCAGGAAGCUCAUCACAGAAGACCUGGUGCGCCAGGGCUACCUGGAGUACCGCCCGGUGCCCGCCAGCGACCCUCCGCGCCACAAGUUCCUGUGGGGCCCGCGAGCCCGCGAGCAGACCAGCAAGAUGCAUGUGCUGCAGGUCCUGGCCAAGAUCAAGGACACCGUGCCCAGGUGCUUCCCGCAGCUGUACGAGGAGGCUCUGCUAGAGGAGGAGGAGCGCGCGGCGGCCCGAGGUCCUCGCCGCGUCUAGUCAGUCCGUCGGGGCGGCUGCUUUUCCCUGGGGUGGA